UAUAUAUAUAUUUCUCCCUCCAUUCUCUACCCUAACUCCAAUAUAUUUAUAUAUAUUAUAUUAUAUAUAGAACCCUCAUUUCUCCCUUCUCUCCAAGCCGCUGUCCCUGUUCUUCACUCUCCUUCUCCAUCUCUGAGUGCCCAAAACAGACAACUUUAUAUCCAUUAAUACACAGAGAGGGGAAAGGAUAGCAGAGCUGCUUCAUCUUCUUGCAUCUCUGCAUUGAGCUUAUUUAUGUGUUUCCCAUUGUUUUCCUCUUCAAAGUCCUUGCCAAUCAGUCUUGAGAUGCCCCAUUAGAGCUUUUAUUAGUUUUAAACACAUAACACCGAUUGUGUGGCUGUGGGCUAUAUAAAGAUUGUAUUUUUAAGGUACUACUACUGCUGCGAUGGCGCCGAGCUUCGACUGUGCGAUUUCGACCCUUUUCUGCGCAGAGGAUAACGACAGCUUGUUCUAUGACGAGAGCGACGAGGUGGGAUACGCGUGCGUGGAGGUGUUUGAGGAUCAUUGGGAUCAUAGGAAUGAUCGAAACAGUCAACACCAAAGAGCGAGUUUGACUGACCUGCCGGUCCAGAGCGAGGAGUGUUUGGCUCUGAUGAUCCGGAGGGAGAGCGAACUCUUGCCUGCAUGCGAUUACUCCAAGAGAUUGAGGAAUGGGGAGCUGGAUAUCGCGGCUAGAGACGAGGUUCUUGAUUGGAUUACAAAGGUUCAUGCACAUUUCAAUUUUGGACCUCUCUGUGUUUAUUUGGCUGUGAAUUACCUUGAUAGGUUCCUCUCUGCAUAUGAAUUACCUAAGGGCAAUAACUGGAUGAUGCAGUUGUUGGGUGUAGCUUGUUUGUCCUUGGCAGCCAAAAUGGAGGAGACUGAAGUCCCACUCUCUUUGGAUUUGCAGGUGGGGGAUGCGAGAUUUGUAUUUGAAGCUAGAACCAUUCAAAGAAUGGAGCUUCUCGUGUUGAGCACGCUGAAAUGGAGAAUGCAAGCAGUCACGCCAUUCUCGUUCAUAGACUAUUUCCUUACCAAGAUAAACGGUGAUCAAAUCGCUUCGAGUUCUUCAAUCAUGAAAUGCAUAGACCUCAUUCUAAGCACGCUUCAAGGGGUUCACUUCUUAGAAUUCAGGCCUUCUGAGAUUGCAGCAGCUGUGGCAAUCUCUAUUGCAGUUGAAACCGAGGCGGUAGACAGUGAAAAAGCAAUAUCCCUUAUGCAUCAUGUACAAAAGGAUAGAGCGAUCAGAUGCGUAGAGUUAAUGCAACAACUCUCUUUGCCAAGCGGUUUUCUUAUGGCUCCAAGAACUUCACUGCCAUCUACACCCCAUAGCCCGAUCGGGGUUCUUGAUGCUGCCUGCUUGAGCUAUAAAACCGAGGAUUCAGGGGCUGGGUCACGCAAUAAUUCUUCCCACAACAGUCCUGUCGCGAAGAGGAGAAAGCUGAGCCACCCGUACCUAAUGGAUCACUAGGUAUAACCGCGUCCAUGGAGCUGCACUUUCUUACUAAAAUCGAGCCGGUUGAUUUGGUUGGCGUUUUCGUAUCAGAAUGGUGCAGCCCCAAACGCUUUCUGAAAUGAACGACGGGCAAUUAAGAUAGUGAAUCUAAGCGUAGCAAAACAGAUUGUUCCUUGUUGGUUCCAUGGCGGUUGGACGAUUGAUGGAUGAUCUGAGCAAGAAUGGUGAGAAGCUGCUGGCUGGCUGGCUGGCUGUUAAAUAUUAGACUUCUUAACAGCUGUAGAAGGUGAAAAAAUUAAGAAAAAAAUAGGAGAAACAUAGUUGGUUUUUUUUUUUUU